UUUGCUCUGUCUGGUGUCGCUGUUCUGACAUUCGUUUUGCCUCCUUUGAUCAAAUUUGAUUUGAGAGCACAAAUAUGUCCAACAAUCGAGAUACAGAGGAUCUCAAUGAGGAGGACCUUGAUGAGGAUGAACUCCUGGCUAUGCUUUCACCCGAGGAGCUUCAAGAGCUCGAGAGUGAAAUGGAUGUUAUCAUUGCGCCAGAUGAGAGCGUUCCAGUUGGACAGAGGCAGAAGGACCAGACGGAAAAGCCUCCGACUGGAAGUUUUGACCACAGGUCGUUGGUUGGCUACCUUUACUUGGAAAAAGAGUCCACACGUAUGCUUGAGGAAGAAAGAGUGCCUGCUACUCUGCUGCCCAGUGAGAGAACUUUGGAGAAGGAGGCAGAAGAGAAAGAAAAAGGAAACAUUGUGGAAGAUGGGCCCGAUGAAGUGAUUGAGAAGGUAAUUGAGGAGAAAGUCGUAGAUAGUACGGGAGGAGUAGAAAUAAUAAAAGAAGUGAUUGAGGAAACUGUUGAAGAGUUUAAAGAGAGCAAUGAAACAGACACAGAGAUCCAUAAGAAAGACGAUGAAGUAGAGUUAAAGCCAGCUGUGAACGAGAAUAAAGAUGAAAGUACGGAACCGCGGGCUGACAGGGACACAGAAAAGGAAACAGAAAGCCACAAAGAUGCAACAACAGAAGUUAAAGAGGGAAGUAAAACGACAGACACUUUGCCUCCCAUCAAGCUCCGAGACGAUGCAAAGAUGAAUGAAUCCAUGGAUAAACCCCAGCAGAAAGAAGAGAAAAAAAUUAAUAAAUUGAAAAUUCCCAACCUGGCACUGAACAAUAUCAAAAUGACGUCACGGCCUUCCGGAAAUGAGACAAACUUGGAGUCGACGCUUGACAAGAUCCGCAACAACAACCCCUCUGUCACUGAGGUGAACCUCAACAACAUAGAAAACAUUCCCAAAGAGAUGCUCCUGGACUAUGUCAACGCCUUGAAGAAGAACAAAUAUGUGAAAACCUUCAGCAUCGCAAACACUGGUGUCGAUGAAAACAUUGCGUACAACCUGGCCAACAUGCUCCGCGAGAACCGCAGCAUCACCACUCUGAACAUGGAGUCCAACUUCAUAACAGGAAAGGGAAUUGUGGCCAUCAUACGUUGCCUCCAAUUUAAUGAAACCCUCACUGAACUAAGAUUUCACAACCAAAGGCACAUGCUGGGCCACCAUGCUGAGACGGAGAUCUCACGUCUGCUCAAGGCCAACAACACCCUCCUGAAGAUGGGGUACCAUUUUGAACUGCCAGGGCCAAGGAUGGUGGUGACUAAUCUCUUGACCAGAAACCUGGACCGCCAAAGGCAGAUUAGAAAGGAGGAUCAGAAGCAACAGCAACUUAAGGAGCAGAGGGACGUCAUGAAGAUGUAUGAGAGUAGUCUAAACCUGCCUCCAGGUUUACUGGAGAUGCUGGGGUAUAUACCACCUCUAGAACUCUUGCAGAAGCAUGGGUUUGUCACAACACCAACAGCAACAACAACACCAACACCAAAACCAACACCAAAAUCAACACCAAAACUAACACCAAAACCAAAAGAACUGAACACCAUCCCUCCUGUGGAAGAAGAGCCGGAGCCCAAGAAGCAGCUUAAACGCAACAGCAUUCCCAAACAAUCCAGUGCUGAACCCCAAAACCCACUGAGGGAUGUCCAGCUAAAAAGAACUCCCAAGAAACGCAACCAUUUUCUAGAGUUAGAUCGAAGGGAUGCCAGCAGAUCAGAUAGAGAAAGUUUCCAACUGAGGAAGACUCCCAAAGUAAAGGACGCAGGCACACAAGGGAUGUCGGAUGAAAAAGCAAACCUGAGCGAUGUGAUAAAGACGUUGAAACCAGUUUCCCGCAGGCGAGUGCCUCCAAAGGUUGAUGAAACCCCACGUGAUGCACUGCUCAAUGAGAUCAAGAAGAGUAACGUGGCUUGUCUUAAAUCUGUGCCGCUCCCUAAAGCCUUGGAAUCAAGUGAAACAAGUCUCUUCUGAGCCUGUGAUUUUAUCAUCUUGCAUGUUUGUACUGUACUUCAACAUACUGCUUUGGAAAUGAACUGUACACACAGUGAUAGGGAACCACAUGUUGAUCACCCAUUCAACGUAUGGUUGUCGUUCCACUGCGGUGUUUGACUAAGCACACUAUGUUGGAUGUUUUGGAUGAAAAUGCAUCAUGGCUCCUGUUAUCUGUGCUUCUAAAGAAGAGUAUGUGUAUUUUAGAGUGCUUUAUGCUCAUUUUCCACACCUUUUGCUACAGUAAGCUUGAGAGUAUUAUUAUAUUUUGUCACCUUCUUACACUAAUGGUGUAAGUCAAAAAGAUUACUUCAGCCCUUAUAAGGUAAUGAUUUGUCUUAAGUUUGCAAUUUCAAAACAAUUCCACAUUGGACUGUAAAUAAAUUUGACAUAUCUCUAAACAAAAAUGGCAGCACUCACCCUAUGGUUAAAAGGCUGCAUACAAUUCUGGAGUGAAUCUUUUGUAAAUCCCCUAUUAUUAAAUUAAAAAUGAUAUGUGAUCAAACAAGACUGGCAUACAACUGUAACACCAACACAACUACGCUAUGUACAUAAGAAAAAGAAUACAGCAUGAAUUUAGUCAACUUUAUUAAUAGCUUUGGAUACACCGCGAUUGGUGGCUGAAAACGUCCCAUAAAACAUAAGAGGACAUAAAACAUAUGAUAGCAUCCAUCGAGUCCAUCUCUCUGAACUGCCUUCAUGCACAAAUUGUGUCGCUGUGCAAGUAAGAAAAGUUUAAGGGAACACCAGCUUAAAUGUCGUCAGUUAAAAAAAGAACAGAUAGAGCGAUGAGUCUUUUCCAGAUACAGGUUGGUUGAUACCAUGGGCAACAGAUAUUGACAAAACAAAAGAGGAUAUUUCUGUUAAAUUCAUAAUUUUGUCCAUCCCUCAAGUCGUUACAAAUAUAACACACACCAACAUCAAACUUAUACAUAUUAUGGUAGGAUAAAGCGAAAAGUGCCAUUCCUUUUCAAUUGCAUAGCAGCGAUCAAAGGCGAUGUGCUCAGGCUCGCCUGUGCUUUCAGCACAUGGUCACACUGUGUGAACAUUUAUUCUAUUUAUAUUCCGGAUUAUAGUGAGAACACAUGUCCACCAGAAGCACACUGGUAUUGGAUCAGUUUUCAUAUGGUUUCUGGAGUGACAAGAUUGACGUUUUGCUGUUAAGAAAAGCUGUGGAUUAUACUUUUUUUUUUUUUUUUUUACAUGGUUCAGAAAUAAAAGCUUGAUGCAUAAUGAGAGAGAGCAAGGUAAAGGCAUCGGAUUUAUUUUCAACAAAA